AUGAGUCAAAAUCAAUCUUCUUCCAACAAUACCGACUUCGACAUGAUAGCGAUAGCGGAUGUGGCCGCUCAAAUGGCAUUGGAUGUCCGCGGUAAAUUUCCACAGGACACGAUCAACUCCGUGAUUCCACUUCCGCGAAGGCUCGGCCGGAGCCAGCAGCCCUCAGCUAUCGACCAAGAGGGUAUGAGGCUUUGGAACGCGUCGCAGACUAAAAAGGACUUCGACGACUUUGACCCGGCUGUGAUCACAGAAGCAUCUGAGAACUACAAGACUGUAUGGAGAGUCUGCCUUCGCGUGUUCUGGUCCACACCGAAUGAGAUCUUGUCCCUGAGGGAGGGAUUGCGGUAUCGCCCAACUCCACCAGCGAGCGUGAAGGCGUCUCAUGUAGUCUUCUCGCCAAAGUUCAGCCGCUUGUUUGCUGAAUUGGUCGUUCAUCCAUGCUGGGAAGGUCGCUCGAAUCUCUUCAUCAUGGCCAUCCAGUACACUGUCAAGGUUCGUGUUGACAGCCGUACAUCCUGGCCGAAUGCAGAUAUUUUGCAUUUUCUCAGUUGUCCUGCUCUGAAGGCGCUCUCACGUUGGUCCUUUCGUCUUGAAGAAGUGGCGAUAAGUCUUCACGAGAUGCAUAGGCAAGCCAGGGAGGCUCAAACAGAGGCUCCCCCCUCCGAAUUCUCAAACUUUCUUUACUUCCUCGGCGAGAUAGCCAGCAUGUCGCCAAGUUCUGACUACAAGCAAACCUACCUUGGUCGUCCAGCAUUGCCAGUCACCACUAAGGACUUGAAGAUCCUUACAACUGCGGUGACGCAUUUCGAUUGGGAGGAGGUAGACUGGGCGGAAACUCCAGAAGAGGUCUUUGAUUCUUUUAAGGUCAAGGGGGGCUUUCUAGCGAUCAGUACCCUCAGAAUGACCGACAAUUAAAGCGUUUUGUUCGUCGAAGCCUUGUCGAAAAUUAUCGCCGCAUUGCGAUGAUGAGAGAUGUUUUUGGAGGCCCGAAUCCUCCAGAUGAGACCCCUUCUGAUAAUGAGGUUCUGAGUGGUGAUGAGUCUGAGAGUACUUGAGUUGGCGAUAGCGUCUGGAUGUGGAUCUUAUGGAACUGUUAUUCGAGGUUGUGUCAGAGAAUGAGUAUGGGG